CACAACAAGGCAUAUGUGAUGAGGUUUUUAAUGGGGCUUAAUGAGAACUAUGAGACUCUUCGUAGUCAAAUUCUCACAUAUGAUCCGUUUCCUUCAAUGAACAAGGUUUACUCUUUGGUUCUACAAGAAGAAUCACAUAAAAAUCUUGGUCAUGAAGGAUCAAGCUCAUCACAGGGAGAUGUAGUAGCAAUGUAUGCUAAUUCAAAGAACAAUUCAGGAGGUUAUUCUUCUUGGAACAAAGGAAAUGGGAAGAAAGAAAGGCCAUUUUGCACACAUUGUAACAUGUCUGGGCAUACUGUUGAAAAGUGUUAUAAACUUCAUGGCUACCCGCCAGGAUACAAGCCAAAAGGGAAAAAUAAUGCUAGUGCAAAUCAGGUCUCUUCACAUUUGAGCAAUGGAACUGAGAAUUUCACAUCAGGAAGCAAUUUGUGUCCUAUUUCCAAGGCACAAUGUGAGCAGUUAUUGGCUUUUCUCAAUUCUGGUUCAGGAUCUGCUUCUGGAGGUGAUGGAUCACACCAUGUAGCUAAUGUGCGAGCUUCUUCACGUAUGGCUGGUGUGGAAGGACAUUCUGGUGGCACUUUUGAUGUGUUUUCUUCACAAUCACAAGUUAAUUCCUCAGCCAAUCCUUGUUCUGACCUCAUGUCAGGACCUAGCUCAUUGGAGCACGAUUGGUCUGGGUAAGGAGAUCAAUGGUCUCUAUUUGCUGUUAAAGGGAGAAUCAGCACCAACUUCAAAUUCUGUUUCUUUGUCUGUUUCUGCUAAUAAGGUUCUGCCACACAUAUGGCAUGCUAGAUUAGGACACAUAUCAGAUGCCAAAUUGGCUUUAUUGAAUAAGAACAAUGUACAUUGUAUCAAUUCUAAUGCAAAUUUUCAUUGUGACAUUUGUCCACUUGCUAAACAGAAGAGAUUACCCUUCAAUAUCAGUACAACUAUUUCCAAUGAAUGUUUUGAUUUACUUCAUUGUGAUAUAUGGGGACCUUUCUCUGUUCCCACCACUCAUGGUUGUAGAUUUUUUCUAACCAUUGUAGAUGAUUGUUCAAG